AUGAAACCCUCCGGUCAUAUUGAUAAAGUGAUGCAUAGAAUUGGUGGAGAAGAAGUUCUAAAGCAUCGAUUGCGGUUGAAAACAACAAUUAUGGUUGUCAAACAGUUGGCUUUACAAGGAAGUUCUUUUAGAGGGCAUGAUGAAUCUGAUGAUUCUUUGAAUCCGGGGAAUGUUCUAGCUUGGAUUGGUUUUUCAGCGAAGUUGAAUGAUCAAAUCAAUAGUGUAGUUCUUCGUAACGCACCAGGAAAUGCGAAAUACACUUCACCAAGCAUUCAGAAGGAGAUUUUGGGAAUCAUAGCAAAUAUAGUGCGUUGUAAGAUACGCGAGGAGAUUGGAGAUUCUUGUUUCUCUAUUCUUGUUGAUGAAGCAGUUGAUGAAGCAGGAAGGGAACAGAUGUCUAUUAUUUUGAGAUUACAGUUGGCAUUGAUUACUUCUGCAAAGGUAUGUGAUCCUAUAUGGGAUUUCUUUUCCAUAUUGGAUUGUAUCAUAAAUGUUGUGAAGGCUUCUCCUAAACGGAUUAGGGAGUUGCAAGCAAUUCACAAAAAAGAUCUUGAUGGUAUGUUGGAUGCUGGAGAAAUUCAAUCUGGACAAGGAGAUAAUCAAAUGACAUCCUUAAAGCGUUCGGGGCCAACUCAAUGGGGAUCUCAUUAUCAUUCCAUAUUGAGCAUUAUAAACAUGUUCAAUGCAACAUGUGUAGUUCUAGAGGAUCUUUGCCGUUCUAAAGAAGGAGAACAACGAGCUCAAGCCAGAGGUGCUUCAAAAAAUAUCAAGACUUUUGAGUUUGUGUUCAAUCUUCACUUGAUGAAAGGGAUUAUGGAUAUCACGGAUUUUCUUUGUCAAGCAUUUCAACAAGAAUCUGUUGACAUUGUAGCUGCAGUUGGAUUUGUUUCCAUGGCAAAAGUUAAACUUCAAAAGCUACGGGAUGAAGGAUGGGACAAGCUACUCCAAGAAGUAAAAUCUUUUUGCUCAAAACAUGCCAUAGAGGGAUAUGAUGUUUCUUCCCUUGCAAAAUUACUAGAGAAGCUGGUGGAAACAGGGAUGGGCGCACGGUACAGAUUGAUUUGUCGGUUGAUUCGUCUAGUGUUGACAUUGCCUGUUUCAACAGCUACUACAGAGAGAUCCUUUUCAGUAAUGAAACAUGUGAAGACUGAUUUGCGCAACAAGAUGGGCGAUGAAUUUCUUGCUGAUUGCUUAACUAUUUUCUUUGAGAGAGAGUAUGUUAUUGGUAUGGAUGAAGACUCAAUUAUUGACGAAUUUGCUAAAUUAAAAGAUCGUCGUGUACAAUUGACAUUGUAA